AUGACAGCUCUCAUUCCGGGAGUGUGUUCAGCCUUGACACAGGCAGUAGUUGACUCUCUUAAGAAGACUGGCGUGAAAACUGUGACAGAUUUUAUCACAGACGAUGUAGAAAGUCUAGCACAAAGGUGCUCGAUACCAUACAAAGAUCUUAUAGCAAUAAAAAGAGUUCUUCUCGCCCAACAUUCUUCUUAUCCCGUCCUUGGCCAUGAAGCCUAUUCUAGUGCUUGUUCUUCCCUUGCCUUCUUCUCCACUGGUUGUGAAAGCCUAGACUUGAUCUUAGAUGGAGGUCUCUAUACAGGGGAGGUAACUGAGGUAGCUGGAGAGAUUGCAGUAGGGAAGACUCAGAUAUGUCUGAGCAGUGCAGCAUGUGUGUCAUGUCAGCAGCGGGUGGCGUACGUCGACACGUGCGGUGCGUUCAGUGCGGAGAGGGUGAUGGAGAUGCUGCAGCUGCAGGGCCACACCAAGAAUCCUGAAGAAGUGAUGUCCCGAAUUCGCUGCUUCCAGCCUCAUGACAUAUUUACCUUGUUUGCUGUACUAGAGAACAUUCGAGUCCAGCUUGUUAAACAGACAGACAGUUUCUACCGUGGUCUGAAGCUGUUGGUUGUGGACAGUGUGACGUCGGUCAUCUACCCAGUGCUGGGAGGCCAGCAGAUGGAUGGUCAUGGUCUGAUGGUUCAGCUUGGACACACACUCAAGAUGCUGGCGGUGGAGUUCUCUAUUGCUGUCCUGAUCAGCAACAAUGUGGUGUUUGGUGCAGAUGGUCAGCGUGUGGCCAGUCUGGGUCGGACCUGGUCUCACAUCCCACACACACGACUGGUCAUCGAGAAGACUGGACGCUCCCAGCACCGGAGAGCUGUAGUGGUCAAGAGCUCGCGCCUGGUGACGCCAGUAUCAACAUCGUUCACAAUACCCUCACUGGUGCCAGACAGCUGACAACAUUCCUGGUACCCUCACUGGAGCCAGACAGCUGACAACAUUCCCUGUACCCUCACUGGAGCCAGACAGCUGACAACAUUCCCGGUACCCUCACUUGAGCCAGACAGCUGACAUAUUCCUGGUACCCUCACUUGAGCCCGACAGCUGACAACAUUCUCGGUACCCUCACUGGAGCCAGACAGCUGACAACAUUCUCGGUACCCUCACUGGAGCCUGACAGCUGACAACAUUCUCGGUACCCUCACUGGAGCCAGACAGCUGACAACAACAUUCUCGGUACCCUCACUGGAGCCAGACAGCUGACAACAUUUUUGGUUCCCUCACUGGAGCCCGACAGCUGACAACAACACUCUCGGUACCCUCACUGGAGCCCGACAGCUGACAACAACAUUCUCGGUACCCUCACUGGAGCCAGACAGCUGACAACAACACUCUCGGUACCCUCACUGGAGCCAGACAGCUGACAACAACAUUCUCGGUACCCUCACUGGAGCCAGACAGCUGACAGUAACAUUCUCGGUACCCUCACUGGAGUCAGACAGCUGACAACAUUCUCGGU